AUGUCAAGCUCUGGAAAAAGUGCUAGAGGCUCAGAGAAAGUUAUGCUCUGCAGGCUAACCACAGGCGCGAUACACAGGUCCUCAAGUCAACAGGUCCUCGGAAGAGAGGGCGUGCGGUGGGUGCGUGGCAGUUGGGUUUCCUGCCACCACGGAGAAACCAGUUCUUCCCCCAUCAGACUGGAAAGUAGGCGCAGCUCCAGCGAGGGGAGCGCACCCGGAAAAGUGCAGCGUCCAAACCGGCAGGGCGACGGACGUCCGCGUCCCGACCACAAAGCGCCUUCCAAACCGCUCGGACAGCCUGUCAAUGGCUUGGCGGCCGCGGUCUGCAGCCCAGAGCUGUCUAGGGUCUGGCUGGCGAAACUGCCGGGCGAAGCCAUGCCCUUCCCCGUCGCGGAUUUGUCCCUGUCGGGCAGAGCCAGGGGGCAGCCGGGCAACCUGCGAGCACGCGAGGGCAACGCGGCCGCCUCAAGCCCGGCCCACGGCCGCCGGCCCCCGACUCGGAGGCCCUCCCACCUUCCAGCCCGGGGCCACCGGACGGCGAGGCCCCGCCAGGCGCUCCUGGCUGGGGCUCCCAUUCAGGGUCUGAAGGGACCCCCGCCCUCUCCCCACCACGUGAACCCCCACGGCCGUCCCACCACCCCCUCCGACGCUACCAGGGGGCCACCGGCGGGAUCACCCUCCGGCAUCCGCGUCGGCCGGCCGGCUUACCUGGCGGGUGGGCUGGGCAGGGCAGGACAGCGGGAAGCGGCGGCCGAGCGGACGUGGGCCGGGCGCCAGGUGCAGGUGGUGGCGGCGGCGACUCGAGUUGCUGUCGCUACAGUUGCCGCUCAGUCGAGCUCCUCCUCCGCCGCCGCCUCCUGCUUCCCGCUGGGCCUCCCGCGUUGCCAGGAGAGGCCGAACCGAGCCUCCGCUUCCUCUUGGAGUCUCCCAGGUGAGCUCCAGCCUGCGACGUCGGCAGGGGCGAGGCCCCCGUCCCGCGCCUGCGCGCCAGCCUCCGGCCCCGCCCAAGCCCUACCUGAGCGCUCCAGAACCUGCUUAUUUCCAUCAACACAGUGGACUCUGGAGAAGCCAGGGUGUGUGGCUUGGAAGAUCACUGAAUUAUCAUCACUACCAUGCACAGACCUCGUAAUAGUGUUAGGAGGAGUGUAUCUAAUUGCCCUCUACCUUCAAGGAAACCAAAGCUUAAAGACGCUCACAAAGAGAGUGAACAACCACCCUGGUUUUCUAGAAAGUAAGUGCAUUUCUAGGCAAUGGGACUUUGACUACCAACACCAGAAGACUCUUGGACAAACCAAGGUGAUUGGUAACACUAUGAAGUAGGUCAGUGAGUUACUGUUUCUGGACAGACAAAGGCAGGUCUACUGCUCUGAAAGUUUGAGAGCACUACACAGCAGCAAGUGUGUCGUUCUGUGUUCUACAGAAGUGCCAACUUAGGUGUUCACUCUCUGCUACCCCCUGUUAGACAUGGGAGAUGCUCUCUCUGUAUGAUUUGAUAAAUCAUCAAAAUUUGAAUGUGCUCUUGUGCUCCCACAGAUUUAAAGCAACAUUCACACAUAUCUAAUGCAAUAUCCUACUUUUAUUAUAGCAGAGAACUGAGGCCCAAAUAGGUUAAAUUAUUUAACCAAGGUGGCAAUUAACUCAACCUCUGUAAAUCACCUUGAGACAUAUUGUUUUUCCUUUAAAUUGGAAAUCCUUAAUUUUUGGACUAGGUUCAAAGGAUACACUAUUGAGAAUGUAAGAUUGUAAUUCUUUUGAAGAAGAGAUAAUAUUUCAAGUUAGUGGUACUAAAUGAUUAAGUUACAUAAUCUGUAAUAUGUGUUUUCUGUGGUGCUUGAGAUCUAUUAAUUCAGUUGCAAAACACAAGAAAAAAAUGAGAUAGGUGGAACACAGGAGAUAUAUUAAUCAUAGAUAAAUUAAUAAUAAUAAUAAUAAAAACAUGUUCAAUGUAAAUAAAUGAGUAUAUGUGUGUGACUAUAGACAGAAAGUUAUGGAAGGUCCAAAUGACAUUAACUGUUCAUGUUCCACUAAAUAUAUAUAAGGCACAGUAGUCAUAUACACUAGGUGUGCAACAUAUGAUACAUGCCCAGAAGAGGAGCUCUUAAAACAGGAGGAAAAGGGAGAGCUCAUAGAAGAAUUCUAUAGGCUCUCAGGAGGUAAUGUUGGCUGGGAAGGGAUAUUCGGCUAGAGGCAAUCAGUAGGGUAUAGGAGAUCCAGGGCAAGAAAUCACUGUAAUUUGAUUAUGUGGAAAUAACAGAGUUCAAAAAGGAAGCACAGGGCAGGCAUUUGACCCAGAUAUUAAGAAGCCAAUUGGAAUGUCCACCUUCCAUACCAGAGUGCCUGGGUUCAAGUCACAGCUCUGCUCUUGAUUCCAGUUUCCUGUUAAUGUGCACCCUGCUCAAGUACUUGGGACCCUGCCACUGACAUGGGAGGCCUGGAUUGCAUUCCUGGCUCCUGGCUUCCACUUGGCCCAGGCCUGGCCCUUGAUGGCAUUUGGCUAGUAAAUCAGCAGGUGGGAGCAUCCUCUCUCUCUCUCUCUCUCUCAAACAAACAAAAAGUAAAAACAAUUUGAUAAAGAAAGCACACAGUAGAAGAAUACCCAGGAUAGAUCUCAAGGGUCUCACAGACUGCUGAGGAAAUAAAUAAGAUAAUAUAAUGGGUUUUCAUAAAGUUCACAAAAAUAUGUAUUAUCUUUUUUUUUAUUUGACAGAUAGAGUUAGAUAGUGAGAGAGAGAGACAGAGAGAAAAGUCUUCCUUCUGUUGGUUCACCCCCCAAAUGGCCACUACGGCCGGCGCUGUACCGAUCCAAAGCCAGGAGCCAGAUGCUUCCUCCUAGUCUCCCAUGUGGGUGCAGGGCCCAAGCACUUGGGCCAUCCUCCACUGCCCUCCCGGGCCACAGCAGAGAGCUGGACUGGAAGAGGAGCAACUGGGACUAGAACCUGGUGCCCAUAUGGGAUGGUAGCACCGCAGGCGGAGGAUUAACCAAGUGAGCCACAGCGCCGGCCCCUGUAUUAUCUUUUAAUUCCAUGCUUUUCACAAAUAUCCUGAAAUACCAUCAUAUGUAUAUAGCCUUGACUUAUAUUGUAGAAAAGUCAGAGUAUAUGAGAGUCCUCAGUAACACUGGAUCCAGGUUGGAACUUAUGUAUAAAUUUGUACUCAUCAAGCUAAAAGACAAAAUAUUCACAAAUUAUUUUACCAUGUCAUCAUAUAUUACCCCAUUAAUGAAGAGUCCAAGGAAUUUUAAUACCAAUACAGUGACUGAAAAGGGUAAGAGCUUGACUGGCAUUUAUCAUCAUCGUCAUCGUCAUCAUCCUCAUCAUUUCUGUCUCUAUUAUUUAAAUCUGUUUUUGUGAAAUAACACCCAUUAACUUACUUAAUGUAAAGUGCUGUAGAUAGUUAUAUUCAAAUGUAUUUGAAAUUAAAAUUAUAUUCUGGAAUUUGAAGUUCAUAAAGUCAACAAGUGUGUUGGGGCUGGCAUUGUUGUGUAGAGGAUAAAGCCACUGCCUGCCACACUGGUAUCCCAAAUGUACUGGCUGCUCCAGUUCUGACCCAGCUCCUGCUAAUGGUCUGAGAAUAGCAGAAAAUGGCCAAAGUGUUUUGGCCCUUGCCACCCAUGUGGGAGACAUGGAGGAAGCUCCUGGUUCCUGGCUUUGUUCUGGCUUAGCCUCAGCCAUUGCAGCCAUUUGGGGAGUGAACCAGCUGAUAGAAGAAGACUUCUCUCUCUCUCUCUCUAAUUCCGAUUUUCAAAUAAAUAAAUCUUGAAAAAAAAAAUGCCCCAGAUACCUGACUCCAAAUGUAUUGUGAAAUACAUUCUAAUAAUGUAUUAUUUUCUCUCUCUCUUUUUCCUUCCUUCCUUCCUUCCUUCCUUCCUUCCUUCCUUCCUUCCUUCCUUCCAAAGGCAGAGCUACAGAGAGGCAGAGGCAGAGAGAGAGAGAGAAAAGCCUUCUAUCAGCUGCUUUAUUCCUCAAAUGGCUGCAAUGGCAGGAGCUGGGCUGGCCUUUUCAAAGCCAGGAGCCAGGAGCAUCUUCCGGUUCUUUGGGGAUUAAGGAGCACUAAAGACAUUUUGUGUUUUCCUGGUCUUAGAGACUAAUAUUAUCUACCAUGGAGAAAUGAUAAUGACAUUUAAUAAGCCCUUUAGAAUAAAACCCUGCUAUGUGAAACCUUUUCAUCUCAACUGACUGGCUAUUCUUCCUGAGAUUAGUCUGAAAUUAAACAAGUCUUUAAAGAGAGAACUUUAUAACAACCUCCAGGAAGAGAAAGUCUGGCUCAUUCAUUCAAUUAUUCUUUCAGCAAUCCCGACAGAUUUCUAGGUGAUGCUGCUUUUCCAGGUCUUCUUGUUGAGCAUUGAAGCAGGAAAAGACUGGGAAAUUGAAAGAAUUGGAUCUACCUUUUUGUCUCCAGUUAAUGUUUUUUAGAAGCCCAAUUCCACCGCCUUCCCCCCUUCCAGCUGAAUUCCAACUGAUGAACUUAUAGAAGUUUGUGAGAUGGGCCAGGAAUUCCUGGGUGACCUGGAGUUCAUGAAGAAGCUAUCGGGGGGCCAGCAUUGUGGUGCAGGGUGUUAACUCCCUGGCCUGAAGCACCGGCAUCCUAUAUGGGCACCGGUUCUAGACCUGGCUGAUCCACUUCCUUUUUUUUUUUUUUUUUAAGGAAAGGGUUUAUUGGGAAACCCGACAGACCAGAGGGAAGGGGCAAAGAAAGAAAAGCGGGAGAAGGAGAGUGUAAGA